AUGGAACCUACAAACGCCCUUUUCUUGGGGAUCACACUCUUUCUGUGGUGUACUGUCUCUACCGGGAAACCGUUCCUACCGGUGGUUGACCUCGGGUACGAAGUCCACCAAGCCAUUUCAUACAAUGAGUCCACGGGCAAUUACAACUUCACCAACAUUAGAUAUGCUCAGGCGCCAGUUGGUGACCUCCGGUUCCGUGCCCCCGAGCCGCCCGUUCGCCGCAAUCCUGUUGUACAGAUCGGUGACCAAGGACGAAUCUGCCCUCAGGCCAUGCCUGAAUGGACUUUGAUCUCGGGGCAAUUUACGCAAGCAUUUGCCGCCGGGAACGCCUCCUCUUUUGAUUUCUCGGCUGCGGAAGAGAAGGCCCAGGCCACCAUGAACAAAACGGGCUGGCCUGCCCCAUGGGCUAACCCCAACUCACACACGACAGAAGACUGCUUGUUCCUUGACGUAGUGGUUCCAAAGACUAUCUUUGACAGGGCGAAUAAUUAUUCGAACUCUAGUUUUGCUUCUACAAGACGUCGCAAGGGAGCUCCCGUCUUGGUCUGGAUCCACGGGGGUGCCUACGUAAUUGGCAACAAGAUAUACGACAACAGCGCUGAUCCGAGUGGUCUCAUCCGGGCAAGCCAGCAAAAUGGAGAAGAUGGAAUGAUAUUCAUCAGCAUCAACUAUCGUCUAGGCGCUCUCGGCUGGCUUGCCGGACCAAGUCUACAGGCAUCUGGUGGCGCUUCCAAUGCUGGCCUUCUAGAUCAACGCCUGGCUUUGGACUGGAUCCAGGAAAACAUCCACAUGUUUGGAGGGGAUCCUGACAGAGUGACAGUCAUGGGAGGCUCAGCCGGAGGUGGUAGCAUUGUGCAUCACAUUACGGGUUAUGGAGGGAUGAGACCGCCGUCUUUCAAAGGUGCGAUCACUUUGUCGGCUGGAUGGGUCCCCAUCUCUUCCCAAUAUCAGCAGGAGAGUGGUGCCCAAGCCUUCUUGAGGCACCUGAACGUCACCACAAUUGAGGAAGCUCGAUCCGCAGACACCAAGGAUGUCAUACUGGCCAAUGCGCUCGCCAUCGGCUCUUCUAUCUGGACCAGCUUCACUUACGGGCCAGCUGUAGACGGUCUUCUUGUCCCAGCCCAGCCGGGGAUUUCGCUGUUGAAGGGCGAAUUCGACCACAACGUUUCAGUCAUGACCGGCCACACUUCAAACGAAGGCCCUUACUUCAGCCCCCCAAACGUUACUACCGAUGAGGAUCUGUCCUCUGACCUUCUUGCUCUCUAUCCCGGCGCCCAGCCACCGACAAUUCAGUACCUUCUCAACGACCUCUAUCCGACUCCAGGCCUAAAUCGCACGCUUGAACUAUUCGCAAACUUGGGGUUCACCUGUAAUACGGACUACCUACGGCAGGCAUUUGACAACAGGACAUACAACUACGAGUUUCGAGUCGCCCCAGGAACACACGGGACCGAUUUUCCUUACGCUUUUUACAGCGGCCCGAAUCCCAACGAGACUGAGGACGGUAUUCACGUGGGAUCCCUGGGCCCGGUUGAUGUUCGACUAGCCCAGACACUCCAGGGAUACAUCACCAACUUCGUGCGGGAAGGACAACCAAAUGGGCUUGGGCUGCCGGAUUUCCCUGUGGCCGGCUCGAAUGCGUCUAUGCUAGCUUUCGGCCUCGGCGGCGUUUCAGUUUACGAUGGAACUGCAACCUUUGAUCGAUGCAAAUGGCUCCAAAAGUAUUUGUACACUUGA